GUUUAUAUUCUGUGUCUUGCAGUAUGGUUAGUGACCUUAGAUUUAGUGUGAAAAAUGAAUCUAAACAAAAUUAUACUUAAUUUUCAUUAGAAUACUAAAACAUGUACCAUAAGAAUAAUCCAUCAUGUUUCUUUUUUGAUCAAGUUAAACCAGUAAGGCAGGAAAUUAAAGAAUAUAAAAAAUCAUUGGUGUAUAACAUUAAUACUAUUCAUUUACAUUCAGAGAAUGCGGAGUUAAUUAAUAGUAAUACAAAUGACCAGUUAUCAAAUGAUAUAAAGUAUAAUUGUAGUUCCACAAAGAAUACUAGUCGUCCUAUAACAUUAUCAUCUACAGGAGAAAAAACGAUAAAUCCAAAAGAACAAUUAAUAAAUAAAAAAUCAAUUUUAAAACAGUAUGAUUAUUAUUCGUGGGUUGAAAUGAGUGAACAAAUCAUAAAAGAUCUUUCAAUUUUUUUACAUCAAGAAAAUGUCAAAGAAAUAAAACAUCCUAGAAUAUUAGAUUAUCGUUUGGAUGAAACAUGGGAUGAAUUAAUUUCUAUGGUGGAUUCCAAUUCAAGAGAUUGGCAAUUACCUGCAAUAAAAAAUGCAUAUAAGAUAUGGAUUCAAGUAAGCAAUACAAUAACAUAGUAUGAACUUAUGAUAUACGUCUAAGAAGUUUUGUUUCAAUAAGUUAUUUUUUAUAUUAGUCUGAGGUUAGAACUCUAAUAGUUUAAACUAAAGUAUAUGGAAAAGACUUUAACUAAAUAACUAAGACGUAUAUGGUAAACAGGAAUUUUUAAUCAAAAUAUUGGUGAUUAUAAA